GCAGCCCCCCGCGCAGUGAGCUGGGCUCCGCGCAGCCGCCAACACCUCCGGCCGAGACCGCGAGCCCCGGCCGUGACGGAGUUGCACCUCCUGGAGGGGCCCACUCCCGGGGCCGCCUGCGUGGGUCUAGGCGAGCAUCGGGGCGGGCCAAGCUCGGACUCGACAUGUAAUCAUGGACUGCCGGACCAAAGAAAAUCCAGAAAGAACAUUCGACUUGGUAUUGAAGGUGAAAUGUCAUGCUAUUGAGAAUGAAGAACCAGUAGUACUAUGGAAGUUCCCAGAGGACUUUGGAGACCAGGAAGUGCUACAGAGUGUGCCAAAGUUCUGUUUCCCUUUUGACAUUGAAAGGGUUUCCCAAAAUCAAGUUGGACAGCACUUUACCUUUGUGCUAACCGAUAUUGAAAGUAAGCAGAGAUUUGGAUUCUGUCGUUUAACAUCAGGAGGCAAAAUUUGUUUAUGCAUCCUUAGCUACCUUCCAUGGUUUGAGGUGUACUACAAACUUUUAAAUACUUUAGCAGAUUAUUUGGCUAAGGAACUGGAAAAUGAGUUGAAUGAUAUGUUAAAAUCACUAUACAGCCACCCUGUCCCAAAGGCAAACACUUCUGUCAGUUUGAAUGUGAACCAAGAGAGAUUUAUUGCCAAUGAACAAGUUCUGAAAGAUCUGCCUUCCCCAGUAAUGCAGUCUUACUUCAUUGCCCCUGAUUUAACUGGACUACCAACAAUACCUGAAAGUAGAAAUCUUACAGAAUACUUUGUUGCUGUGGAUGUGAAUAAUAUGCUGCAACUGUAUGCCAGUAUGCUACAUGAGAGACGCAUCAUCAUUACUGCUAGCAAAUUAAGCACUUUAACCGCUUGCCUUCAUGGAUCUGCUGCACUGUUAUAUCCAAUGUACUGGCAACAUAUAUAUAUCCCAGUGCUUCCACCACAUCUCCUGGACUACUGCUGUGCCCCAAUGCCAUACCUGAUUGGAGUUCACUCCAGCCUCAUAGAGAGAGUGAAAAAUAAAUCAUUGGAGGACGUGGUUAUGUUAAAUGUUGACACAAACACUUUAGAAACACCAUUUAAUGACCUGAACAACCUACCAAGUGAAGUGGUCUCGGCCUUGAAAAAUAAACUGAAGAAGCAGUCUACAGCUACGGGUGAUGGAGUAGCUCGGGCCUUUCUUAGGGCUCAGGCUGCUUUGUUUGGAUCCUACAGAGAUGCAUUGAGAUACAAACCUGGAGAGCCCAUCACUUUUUGUGAGGAUAGUUUUGUCAAGCAUCGUUCCAGCUUAAUGAAGCAGUUUUUGGAAACUGCAGUGAAUCUUCAACUUUUCAAGCAGUUUAUUGAUGGUCGACUGGCAAAGCUAAAUGCAGGAAGAGGGUUCUCUGAUGUAUUUGAAGAAGAGAUCACUUCAGGUGGCUUCUGUGGAGGAAACUCAAGAUCUUACCAGCAAUGGAUGCACACAGUCAAGAAGGGAAGUGCAUUAUUUAAUACAGCAGUGACCAAAGCAACCCCUGCCGUACGAACAGCAUAUAAAUUUGCAAAGAAUCAUGCUAAACAAGGAAUAAAAGAAGUAAAGAGUAAACUAAAACACAGGGAAAAUGAAGAAGACUAUGGAUCUUGCUCUGGUUCUGUACAGUAUACACCACUUUACACAUUGCACAGUGAAAAAAGUGGGAAGCUGGAAAAGCAUAAACUAGCACAGGCACGCUUAAAAAGACCAAUUAAAAGCACUGACUGUGGCCUGUUUGAAGAUGAAGAUGAUGACAUGGACAGAGCAAGCAAGUUAUCAUCAGAAGACAGUGAGGAAGCUUCAGCUUAUUUUUAUGAAAGUGAUGAUUCUGUUGAAGCUAGAGUAAAGACUCAUUACCCAGGUGAAAUGGACUUACUAGGAGAAAUCCUUGAUACUUUGAGUACACAUAGCUCAGAUCAAGGAAAGCUAUCAGCAGCAAAGAGCCUGGAUUUUUUUAGAUCAAUGGAUGAUAUUGAUUACAAGCCUACGAACAAAUCCAAUGCACCUAGUGAGAGUAAUCUGGCUGUACUUUGUAGCAGUUCUAGUGAUCAAGCUGAAUGGAAUCUUGGUCAGGAUGAUAGUGCUCUCCAUGGGAAACAUCUCCCACCAUCCCCAAGGAAACAUGCUGCUUCUGCUGGUUUGACAGAAUCGCUCUUCAUUCUGAAAGAGGAAAACAGUGAAAAACACCUCAGUGCCAACAAUGUGAAUUGCCCAAGGAUGGUGGUCAAUUCAACUUCUCCUGUAGAAUCAGUUUUACAACUUGAUUCUUCAGAAAAUUCACAAACAGAUAGUCCUUUCCAGGGAAAAACUGAAAAUAAUGAAACACUAAGCCAUACCUCAGAUGAUCAACUUAAUCUCAGCCUUAGACGUCAUCUAUCUACUCUAGUUCCCUGGGAAAAAGGUGGGGAUGAAGCAAAGGAAACUUCUGAAGAUGCUGGACUACUUCAUGAAGUGGUGACAUUAUGUCAUAUGACAUCUACUUUCCAUCAUGGUUUAAACAUUUCAGAGGAUAACAGCAGUGGAAAUAAAGCUUAAGUUGAUUGUCAGAGGGGACAUCACUUCCUUCACAGGUUCAUAAGGAAUUCUCUUGGACUUUCAAGUUAUAUGUUAAACAGAUUUUGUAGGAAUCAUAACUCUUAUAAUUUUGAAAUACUUUGGUUUGGUACGUGAAUUUUGCCUAUUCAGUAAUUUAAUGGCUAUAUCAUCUGUUGAUUUGUUUAUUCAGAGUCUUAAAGAUAAAUCCAGCUAUGCUGUUGUGCUCUUAGAUUAGGUACUAGUUUGUUGAGUCUACAUAUUUAACAUGGUUACCCCUGGAAUAUGGUGCUUAAUGUCAUCCAUUUCAUUUAUCCAGAGGGAAACAUAUAACUUUCAGAUAACCAAUUAGUACUGCAUCCACUUGGUUGAGCAUGAGCUGAACAACUUGUUAUAAAAUGAGCCUGAACUCUUAAAAUACUGAUCAGCAAAUUGCCUUAAUCUUAAGCCUAUAUUAAAAAUUACACAAUGAUCAUGAGUGAUUUAUGGGACUAUACUUAAUUGUCUCGGAAGGCAAAGGUUCUGAAGAGCAAUAAUGACUUUUAUGCAUUGAGUCAAGGGCCAAAAGCACUUUUUCUAAAUGAAAAGAAUUGCAUAGAAAUGUUGCAUAUGAUUUAUAGAAAGAAAAUAAGGCCAUGUCUUCCAAAAAUUUGAAAGGUACGAGCUCACCUUUUACCCAGCAUAUGAAGUGCUGAAACAUAAUGUGAAGUCAAUGAACUUCUGUUUACAACUGAGACACUUUAAAUAGUUUCUACUGUCCCCAGGUCCAUCUCUACUAUCUAGGAGUCUUGAGAAAGGGAAAUAUGGUAUGAACUGAAUUCAUAGACUACAUUGAUAAGAUUAAUUUUAUUUUUAUGAACUAAUCUUUUGAAAUACCAUUUACUUUUAAUUUUAACAUCUUUCUGGAUUUUGAAAUUUGGAAUUAGGUUUAACAUCUUCCUGGAUUUUAGAAAGGAAUAAUGAACUAUUUCAUAGUGGUAUAGGAUAGAUCCAAAAGUACAGCUUGAAGAAGCAGUGAAAUGUUACAUUUUAAUUAGAUUCUGCAACUUUUCUGUAUUUUACACAACUAUAUCAUUAGAAACAAAAAAAUGGACAGUAUUCUUAGGAAAAGAUAAUCAAACAGUAUACCUGGAAGGUUUUGAGAGGCAGGCCAAUGAACAUUAGACCUUCACUAUGAAAUAUAUACCAAGGGAAUAUAAUUUUUCCAUAUAUGUUUGGUUUCCUAAGUACUUUUUAGUUGCCAAAAAUCUUUUUUAAAAAUAGAAAAAAAUGGUACCAUUUGUCUUUAAAAUAUUUGAGCUAAGCAAGAAUUGUUUUUUUCCUGUUUGCACUCCAAUAUUGCAAUAGACAUUUUCACAUCCGUUUAGGUUCCAAAUGGAGAAAAUAAUGUGUACACUGUGUACCUUUUGUGAAGAAAAAAUUUUGAAAUAACUUUUUAUAAUACAAAAACUCAAGGCUUUAUCAAAUAUUGCCUUAACCUGCUCACUCCAAAUUUCCAUUACAAUUUAUUAAGGUUAUAUGCAAUAAAAAGAAUUUAUUUUGUGAGUAUUGUUCUAAGUAAUAGAAAAAAAUUGUAAUUAACUCUGAAAAGUAAAUUAUAUCACCUAAUUUAGUUGGCAAGUACCAUUUUACUAUUUGCAAAAACAAUUAACUGAGAUAGUCCAUAAAAAUCAAUUUGACAAAUAAUUGCUUUAGGAAUCAUUCACAUUUCUGAAUUUUGAAAAAUAACUGAAACAUAGGAUAGGUAAAAUUCAUUUUCAUCCAUUUGUUUAAUUGCUUGAACCAUAAGUGUAUUCCAUGGCCUAUGUUUGCCUCCUAAAUCUUUCAGACAGUGUAUAAGAUGGGUUAUUAUACAAAUGUAAUCAUUUUGCUUAAAAAUGUUUUGCCAUAAAUGUCUAAGUUACAUAUUUGAUUUAGUGAUUUAAGAAACAUUUUUAAGAUUGUGUAAGUUAUUUUUUUAGUUUCAAUCAUAUUUUAAAGGCUAUUAAUUGUGCCUUACUUAAACAUAUAAAAUUGGUGGUAGUUGUCCAUAUUUUUUAAAUACUUUGUUACUGCCAAAAGAGUAGCCAACACUGGUAUUUCAAGCCAUUAAUAUAUACCUAUAUUCAUAUAAUCAGUAGUCUUCAUAGUGCUCUAAGUAGUCUACUAAGAAUAGUCUAAGAAUUAAAUUAUUCUUAAUUUCUUCCUUUUUCUUCCUUUUCUAAGAGUAUUGAUAAGUGAUGAUGGAACAGAAAUUGAAUUUAUAAAUUUGUCUCUUCUAUUGAAGAAAAUUAUCAUGAAAGAAUUUUAGAUGAAUUGGAAUUUUAUUGCCUAAUUAGAACUCCCUUUUGAUUUUGCUAUUCUUCUUCAACAGUAUUGUCCAUUAUCUAAUUCUUAUCAACAAAGUGUCCCGUAUGCUUCAGACUUUGAUCCAGUUGUCCUGUGUAUCAUAUAUACUCUAUUUAGAAGGAAGAAGAAAGAAAAGGAAAGUUAGAAACAGGAAAAUGUAGACUUAGUGUAAUUUUGUUUAAACAAAAAGUGGCAUAUUUAAUGAUUGCCUUUUUGAAUAAAUGUAAAGCCAUAAAUAUAGAACAGGAUUUUCUUUUCUGGUUGAAUAAUUAACAUUUCAGUCAUUCAGUAAAUAUUUAUUUAAGUACCAGGUAUGUGUAAGGUACUGUAUUAGACUGUGGAGAAUUUAUAAAGAUGUAUUAAUGACCGUUCCUGCCCUCAAGGAAUUUGCAAUCUAACAUAAAAUGGAAAUUUCACAUCCUUAAGGUAGUAUUAAUUCAAUCUAAUAAGCAUUAAUUAUCUAAUAAGUGUGACCAUCAAUUAAAAAAACUUGUAUUUUGCUUAGAAAUCACUGAGAGGGCCAAAAUUUUCUCAGAAAGAAGAGGAAAAGGCUUCUGUAUCUGAUCAAGCUAAAGAACCCUGUGACUAAAGAUUUUUAGAAGGUAUUUCCAGUUUUAAGGUUUCUCUUUGGUAUAAUAUGCUAAUUAUUAUAAUGUGGACUUCCAAUACUGGCAUUUAAAGGCUAUUACCAGACUCCUUUUAUAAUGUGAAUGAGAAUGCCAUUUUAGCACAUUGUAUUACACUAUUAUAAGUGUUUAAUCAAGAAAAAGAGACCCCACCAAAAAAAAUGUCUAGAUAAUUCUCUUAAGUCAAUAUGAUAAAUUGAUAGAGGAUCCAUUUAUUUUAUGGAUUGCCUGUUAGUCUACUUGUGAAGACACAUUCAUCCCUGUAUCUACUGCAUAAUUUUUAGUUAUUACUAUAGUAGCCUUAUUAUAUACCUUCAUUGAAUUGCAUGGCUCUUUUAGAGAGUUGGAUAGAUACAUAACAAAGUGGGGAAAGCUGAGACUAUAUUUACAGAGAGAGAGAGAAAGAGAGAGAGAGAGACUAUAAAUUUGUGACUUUUUAAAGAUAUUUUAUUCUGGGGGCAGCUAGGUGGUGCAGUGGAUAGAGCAAUGGCCCUGGAGUCAGGAGUACCUGAGUUCAAAUCCGGCCUCAGACACUUAACACUUACUAGCUGUGUGACCCUGGGCAAGUCACUUAACCCCAAUUGCCUCACUUAAAAAAAAAAAAAGAUGUUUUAUUCUUCUUCUAAACAAAUUAGCUACUAUAAAGUCAGCUAUAAUGGUUGUUCAUAUGAAACACCCUGCUUCUUGAUAAAUCAGAAAAUAAAUUCAAGACUGUUAAUUAAAUUCCCAAGUCUUAUUGCAUAAAACAAAGGAACCUUCCGACACCCCACACACACUUUUAGUAGGAAAUACUUUCAAAAAAUCUUUAUAUCAGUAUUGACACCUUUCCCAUCUAGAUUCCAAUAAUGAUGUUACUGUAUUUUUUUAUUUUAAGAAGUGAUGUUGCUUUCUUGAGCAAAUUAAUUAACAUUUUGGUCCAGUUGUAACUAGAGAAUUAUGUGGAUUUAUAGGGGUGUAUUAGAUUUUAAAAUUAAUAGGAUUUUGUGCAAUAUUUUUUCAUGAAUAAUUUAGUUGACACAAAUAUGUAGAUCUGUUUUCUAGCAGAUAAAGGUCAUAUUUUUCAGUUGUAUAAAAAUAUAUGUAGCAUUGUUCAUUGUGAUUAUAGAAACGUAUGUGAUGUACAUUGUUGGUGAACAGAUGUGUUUUCAUUUAUUUAAAAUUAAUAUGAACGUCACAUUGUAGUGUCAUAAUGAUCUUAGCAACAGAAAAAUAUGCAAUAAGAAAAUGCUGUACCUAAGAUUAAUAGAUUUGGUACCAUGAAUCAAAAGUAUUGUACUUGGUAACUAAUAUGGAUAUUCAAAUUGUACAUUUAGGAUUCUAGUUGCUGUAUUUGUCAGGUAAUUCCUAAGCAAAUUAUUCAUUUCUGCACCAUCUAAAUUACAUAGUUUUUUUUAUGUUGGUGAACACAUUGUGACAUCCCUUAUUGUGAUAAGUCUUUGCUAAGGUUCAUAAAGGGCAUUGCUUAUACUUUUUGAUUAUCUGUAAAUUAGGUGAAUUUUUCUUGUAUGUAUGUACAGUUUGUUUAACCCUAAAGCUUCUAUAGAUUCCUACUUUUAUUAUACUUGAAUAAGGCAAAAAAGCACUGUGGAAAAUCUGUAGUUUUGGAUGCAAUAUGCAAAUACACCAAAAAACCAAAUCAGGUACUGUAUAAUUAAGAUAAUCUUUUUUUGUUUCAAUUGAAUGUUUUGCAUUCAAGAAGCUAUGUGUAAAAUAUAUUUAGUUUAAAAAAGUCUUUUAUUGUUUAAAUGAUAAUUUUUAAAACUUCAGUGAUGAAUUAUUGCAAAUAGUGAAUCUUAACAUUGGACCUCAUUUAUAGCCUGUGUUACCACAGUAGUCCUACAGUAAUGAUUUAAGUUCACUCAAGUUCCAGACAGAGUGACUCUAAGCUUAGAACAAGACAACAAUAUAAACAUGUGCCUAGAAAAUGCAGUGAAUAUAUGUUGUACUCCCACAUCACAAUACACUAUUAGUCUGCUUUAAAAGUCAUUCAUAGUCAUAUAAUAUAUAUGGGCAUAUUAUUCUGCUACACCAUUGCUAAAAAUGCAAAUAAAUAUUAAUUGCCUAUAAGUCCCCUAGCAUUGUAGGAAGCAAGACUUCAUUAUGUAACAAAUAUGUUUGUUACAGUUAUUUGAUACUUUGUAGGAUCUAAGAUUUCCUGAACAUAGGUACUAUCUACACUAAAGCAUAUAUUAACCCCUCUGUGUCUCAUCUCUUGUGAGUUGCUUGGCUAAAAUAUUUAUUAUAUCUGACCAGCCUUCUGGUGAUGAGCCAUAAUCAUAAAUCAGUUUGAUCUUCAAUAAGCUGGUCCUCCAGAAUGCCAGGCACACUGGUCUUACUCACUUCUUGAAGACUUUAUAGACCACCAGAAACUGGACCUCACAAUCAGUAACUUUUGAGAAUCCAGGGUUGUUAUCUUCAUACUAUGAGGCAUUGGAAUAGAACCAUUGUGGAGAACUGAAUUAUAGGUAUAAAUUUGAAUGGUUCUGUAGCUUUUUAUUUAGAAGUAGAACUGUUUUGAAUAAACUUUAAAAAUAAAAUAACAUCUGCACACUCCCUUGACCUAUAGUUAACUCAAAGAUAUUUAUGAAAAUUUGCCCCUAGCAUUAAGAUCUGAUUCAUUGCUAUUGCAUCCUCUAGACUACAGUAUAAAUCAUCUCCAAAGUUGCAAACCAGACCUGGAGUACAAUGUGUGCAUACAUAUACAUACAUAAUAGAAAAUGUCUAUCUGUCUGUAUAUGCAUAUAUGUAUGUAUACAGAGAUAAGAGACUUCAUAUAUGUGUAUAUAUCUAUGCAUAUAUAGAUGCCAUGUGUAUACACACCACACACACAUAUAUGAGACUGCUGUGGAAUUUAAAGUGUAAAUGCAAAUUUUGGGUGAACUCUGCCUUGCCAUAAAGUGCCCCAACACUGUAACAUAAAAUAAAAUU